AUGAGCUCUGCAAAGUUGAAAGGCAGUGACAAGUCUUCAGGUACGUUAGUAUUGCUUACUGUUUUGAAAUUUAUCGGCUAUUCACGCUAGUUCUUGACUGAAUAGUAUGGUCACAACUUUCCUCAGUGGCAAAUUGGAAAAAAAACUACGGCGAGGUUUAUAGAUAGUAUGGGCGAUGUAUAUUUAGCCCGUCAGAUAAGAUUAACUCAGUGAUGUCGUGUUACCAGCAAAAUAGAAGUUAUGUAGGGCUUCGUGUGCCAGUCUUCCUUUGGUUUUCCCAGAAAAUGAAAUCAUACCAUUAUCAGUAGUUACUCAGUUUCCUCAGUUUCUUGCUAUAAAUAUACACCGCGAGUGUGUUGUCUUCAAGAACAUACUCAUUAAACGAGCCGCACAUGUACACGUUAAAUCGAAUACACAUUACAUUUAGACUAAAUUGGUUUCCGUAAAAAAAACGUAAUCAGACCAUUUGGUCAAGUAAUGUGUUUUAUUAUUCAGUUGUAACCGUUGGCGGUAAUAUGAAUAGAAGAUUUCGCAUUUAAAAGGUUUCAACGAUUUAAACGCUCAAUGCGAAUUGCGACUUUUACCCACCAAAUUACCCUUCCAUUUGAGUGCAAUAUUUGUUGUUGUAUGAUUAACAUUUAAGAGUACAUUUACAGCCAUUUAUAAGGGUGAAAAAAAAAUUGACACCAAGACACAAGGAUAACGGUUUUCUUGCCAUGAAAUGACGAAGGAAAUCAGUGGAUAAUUUUUGUUAAUUGAAUGCUUCGUAGGAGGCAUGUUGAAAUCUCUGUAACUACCUCCUGUAUCCGAGAAACUUCGUCUGUUUGGAUUAUUUUAGUUAUGUGAGGGAGACAAGUUACAUCCCCACGUUUUGGCUGGAAAAAUACUCUACCUUUAAUUAAAUUGAAGUCAAAAUACCUCGAGGAUGAAAUGUAUCGAGCGGUGGUCACAUUAGAAAUUAAACAAAACUAUCAGAUCAAAAGGAAAGAUCUUCGCAAAGGAAGAGACUCAGGUUUGAGUUGAAAUGUCUCAGGGAAUUAUGAAUGAUGUACAUAACAUUUGCGUAUUUUGCUUUGUUUAAGAUGUAAGUUCCUUAAUUUCGACAUGUCAGACGGUUCAUACUUCCAACCCUAUUUUUCCUCUGAAAGGUUGAAAUUUGCAUUUGAAAAGCUUAGGGUACACAUAUGUACCAUGCCCUUCUCGCGCGCUCAUCAAACCACGUUUUGAAAUCCUGUUUCUCAUUCUACGAUUAUUCUUUUUAUUUCACAGAGGCAUGUUGCAUGGCCUUCACUCCACAAAGCUCGCCGACCCGCGUAAGUAGAGAAUCCGUAGGGCUAUCUUAUUUACUGAUUAAUGGCUUCGCCGGGGGCUUUAAAAUAAUCGCGACUUCACCGUUGCAAACGAACUUUACACCAUCCAAAUCAUUUUAUUUGGAUUCAAAGGAAUUUGUUGUCCGUCCGCGUUCGCAGUGCUUAUUUAGGGUCAUCGGUUUAAUGACAUGAAUUGGUAAUGUUUUGUUUUGUACAUUACUAUUGUCGGACAACUUUGUUAAUUGAGCAAAAUUGCAAGACUGGACGUGAUGUUCGAUAAUGUAGCGUAAAGUUAUUUCGAACCUCACACCAAGAGCAAAGUUUGUUUACAUAAGAUGCAAGAUUCGAUCGUUCGAAUGUUUGGUUGACUUUUGUCGAUUUCCAUACCUAGAAACAUGCUCUCAAUACUUAGUCACGCGAUCGAGUCAGGUCGAUUGACAACUUUGCAAUGCUGCCUCAAGUAAUUCGUUCGUGACAAGAUUGAAAUGUUUCCGAGCUGAAGUUUAGCCGUCUGCUGCUUAUUUGUACUCCUUUUGGUCUGAUUAACGACUCACGAUUUGUUUGGAUGAAGUUUGUAAAUAAAGUUUCAUGGCGUGCCUAUAUGGUGAGAGAGAUGUUGUUUUGGUAAACUAACUUCUCACCACUGGAAAGCGUGGGUUUGUUUUUAGGUCUUUACUAUAAUAGCAAACCUUGAAACAAGAUCCGAGUUUUCACCUUUGUUUUCAUCCCAUAUUCUUCCAUAAUCGUUUUUGGUAAAUUAAUACUCCUGAGCUGUCAACAGGUCUCUUUGUUUAGUUUUUUUUGCUCCCAUAACAUAAACCUCCUGAUUAAAAGCAUGAUUCAGCAGAACUUAAUGGGUUAAUGUGGGAAGCUCUACUUCAUUAGUCCUCAAGCUGUAUUUUAACUGUGAUGAUCUUUCAAAUGGAAAAAAUAUUUAAAGAAGAUUUAAGAGUGAUUUUUUUUCUCUAAUAUAAACAUAAAAUUGACAACUUAGUCUGGUUCAAACUUUUGGGAUUAUUGGACUUAUUUUCUGCAGUUACCUCAGCAUUUUGAGCUCACAGAUUCUCUUACAGCAAGCAAAGUAGAUAACAAGAAAAUAUUUGCAAAUCACACUUCCAACAAUAUAUUGUUAGUGUUACAGUAGCCAUAUAAGGUUUUUUCAUUCAAUAACAAUGUGAUGUUGGUCCUGUGGAAAGAUUGUUCCUCACUUUAAGUGAUUUGAAAGGGCUAGGCCACUGCCAAACCCAUCAUAAUUAAGGUGAAAAAAUUUCCUGUUAUUGUACUGUAUGCUAGUGCAUUUCUGUGGCAGUAUCAAUCAGUCUAUUUUUAAUAACUUGCUUUGUACAGAGUUAAAAAUGUCAGGUAUUACUCAUGUAUUAAAAAUGUCAGGUAUUUACUCUUUUACGAUAUUCAGUUUGAUAAUCUCAGGGAUUUGCAUGUCUGUAUUCUGGGAUAAGAGUGAAAAGAAUUAACUCUACAAGGGCUAUUUCAGGUACAAUUAUUACACUGUAACACCUUAAGCUGUUGAUGACAUACAGUACUAAGAUGUAUCAACUGACUCCAAAGAAGAAAUUUGUCACACUACUUGAUGUGUAAUUUUCUUUUAGCAGAACAAGGCCAAUGUUUCUGUUUGCUUGAAACCCGAAGCUUUAAGUUAAAGUUACAGUGCUAGAAUCUUGCUAGGAUUAGAAUCAUAGAAGAAUCUCCAUAGUAGUUGUACUAGAUUGGCAAAACAAACAUGACAACUGAGAAGGACAGCUGAUGGAUUUUAUGAAUGGUUGCAACAAUAGUUUUCCUCACUGGCUUAAAUUAGACUGUGUUGUACUUUCAGAAAUGGUGUAUAACUAAUAGUUUGAUUACUUUGACUUUGAAAUGGAUAGUUUAAUUUGCAGUUGCUGAUCAGUGGUGUUUUUAGUGGCCUAAAAGUUUGAAGAUAAACACCUUAGAACAAAAAGAGACUUAAAAAAUCAUCUAAAAUAGGAAGGUAUUAAUUAAAAAUAACUCUGAAAUCCUUAGUAAAAGCACAAAAAGGUCAAGAUUAAAGUAAACCAAAUUAAUAGAAUUGUUGUGGCUGGUGGUUAAUUAUAAAGAUCAAGAAGUUUAAGGAAGUAUAUGUUUUUGUCCGACAGGUGUUAGACAGGUAUUGUCUAGUACUUGCAUUCCAGUGCAAGGCCAGUAUUUUACAACAGGAGUUUUUAUUGCUACUGUCAUACUCCAUAAGAAGAUUUAUUAAAACUAACUGGUGAUAUCCUGAUCCUUUAUUCUGAAAUACCCUAUAUAUAUGCUUAAAUCAAUCAGCAAUUUAUUUAUUACCUCAUAGAUACAGCCAUGUUUCAUGAGCAAGUGUAGCUGUAACUUUUGUGUUUGUGUGAGAAAAAUCCUAUCUACUGUUCUAUGGAGUGACAGCAUGUGCUUUUUUUCUAUUUUCCAUAAACAUUUGUUCAUUUGUAUUAAAUUGAGAGGAGUGAAUGCUUUGCCUUUGUGGCAGGGAGUAUUGUAGGGGAAAGGCUGGAAUGGAAAAUAUGGGCGAACAAGGAUGCAAUGGGCUCCUCCUCCCUCCAUACCCUUUAUGUACUUCCAUGACUUAAUUCCUCUUUUUCCUUCUGCUUCAAUUGCCUGCCACACAGCUAUGCUAGUGACACACAACCACUGAAGCUUGUAGUGCUUGUACUGCACUAAUACUGCUUAGAAGCUAACAUUUUAGUGGUCACACUGGACAUAUUCUCUCUAAUUAUUAGUAGUGCAAACACUAAGAGAGGGCCGGGGAAGCUUGCUUUUUUCUCCUGACACAUUAGGCAAUAUGUCACAGCAAUGAAUCACACCUUGUGUACAGGUCAGCUGACAAGUUGCAUGAAACGUUGCAGCGACAAAUUGCUGCAUGUGUACUGAAGAUUCUUGUGUCAAAUCCUUUUCUCCACAACCCAACAAGUUGCAAAAAUUCAGUCUGUUUUGAUUUUGUGUAACUUGUUGCGAUGACAAAAUUCUGUUAUAAAGAGAUAUCAAUUUCCACAAAGAUUCUUCAGUACAAACAAAGUGGUUUGUUACUGUGACUUCUUGUUGCCUACUGUGUUCUGACCUUCAGUGUUUCCUUGGUUAAUUUUAAUAUAUUAUUGUAUCUCCAUAUUGUAGGGUGGGGAGGUGAUAUUUAUUACCUACUCUGAUGAAUAUCCUUUGCCAGACAGUGGAGAUUUUUAUAUGGUAUUUGAAGGAAAAAAUCAGCGUCAUGUUACAACUGCACAGCAGCUGAAUGCAUUCACUCUCCGUGCUAUUGUGCCUGGUAAGUAAAAUAGUAAGUUCUAAGCCUUUAAGCCCUGAUAUCCACAUGCAAAUUCUCGAGACUGAUCACUAUAAAUUUCCUUAAGGAAUUAGUUGAGAGAACGUGACAAAAGAUCAAAGCGUUUGCCCUUGGGUGAUCAUUUUAAUAUUUCUCAUAAGCUUUGCUCUUGGUCAUGUAUUGAUGUUGUUGGGAGAACACUGAUGUUCGUGAACUCUUGGAACUGCUAUAUAGCCCAAAAUAUUUAAAACUUGGAAAUGAAUUUUUUGCUCAAAUACAAAGUCAUCUCCUUAAUUUUCAGUAGCUUACUCGGACCUGGUGAUUAAACUUAUGAACUCCGAUAUUUAUCUUAAUUUACGAUAGAUGAAUUAUAUCUCAUUACUGAAUAAUUUGUGUGACACUGUACUGUCAUGUAAGAAUAAAUAAGUGUUACUUGAUUAUCUGUUAUUAAUAUCAAAAUUAUUAUUAUUUCCUUUUCUUUCGUUCUUAUUUUACAUACCUUUUGCAAUACUGUAAAUAGUAAUAGUCAUGUAAAUAAAGGUUAUUAUUGUUGUUGUUGCUUAAUGGAAGUUCAAUGGUAAAUGUGAAUGAAAGAAAUGGAUUAUAAUUCCCAAAGUUUGAAAGAAACUGGGCUAAACUAGCAUUCAAUCUUUAGCUUUGGUGGGGAUCAAAGCCAUCUAAGGCAGGUAUUAAAUAACUUUAGUUACUUUGAAGUAAUACUUAAAUGAAGUAAUAAAAAGUAUGUGCUGAUAAAAUUAUUUUAUUUCUUUUAAUAGAUCAUGACCAAGCGGAGAAGGUGUCACUUACUAUAUACUGUACCAAAGAUAACAAACUGGGAUCGCUAUCAUCGCACAAAUUUUCAUACUCGCUGGAAAUUGAACAGAUCAUUGCACGACUUUUGGCAGAUGGUGCGUCAGAGAGCAAGUUAUUUGAAUGCGUUGGAUCUUUAUCUGUCAUAUCAAAAAACUUUUCUAAGGAACUGAAGGACAUCCUAGAUUCCAGAAUAACAAAUGCAUUUGAAUUUCUCGAUUUGUCUCCUUCUUGGUCACUGUUUGGAGAAAAUGGCAUAGAAAAUUAUUCAAACAGAAAUGGUAAGUAAUAAGAGGCUUAAAUCUUUGUUAAAUGCUGAUAGACAUAAUUGGUGAUUGUUGUAAGGAUUAUGUGGUGGUUUAAUGAUUUAAAGGGUGUAAUUUAACUAGAAUGUACACUACUCCAUGGAGAACAUUUCCUCUGUUUUUUCCUCUGCAAAAAGGUUUCAGUUUCCCAGUGUUUGUCCACUCCAGUGUACUAUGUGUUACAGGUCAAAACUGAAUUUGGGUUAAAUUUUUUAACCAAGGGUUACUCUCGGUAUCCAUUGUCUUCAAGCCAUAAAUAAUAUUAUUUCAGUCUUCUGCAAGUGGGUUUUCAGAGGAGCCCUGGAUAUACCCUUCUGCCUAAGACCUUGGUUUAAGUACUCAUUUGAUGGAGAAACCUGAGGCUGACGGUGCACUCCAUUUACCCCUCCAUCCCCCCACCAUCAGUGCUAUGUUUUAUGGGUGUAUAAAGCUACUUAAAGCCACAGAGAAAGAAAAGAAGUUGAGACAAGGAUCCAUGGUCACACCCGGGAACCAAGUGUGGACCAUCCUGUGCAGAAGGCCAUGCACUAACACCACUGUCCUGCAGAAAACUCCAAAAGCUUUAUUUUACCACUCGGGUUCCAAGACACCCUGAGUUUACUGAUCAAAUUUUUAACAAGUUACUUUUAAUUCAGGCCAGGAAACCCUGCUUCAUAUUUGUGCCAGACUGGGUUUCACUCAGCUGGCUACAUACCUGCUAGAUCAGCCUGGAUCUAUGGAGGCACUUCACAUGAAGGAUAAGGAAGGAAAAAUACCCGAGGAGAUUGCACGGGAAAAAGGAAUGACGUUACUUGCGGAUAUGUUUUCAAGGUAAGUAUCACAGUCAAAUCUCUUAAUACAGUGGAACCCUGAUGCAUAACAAACCUCUAACUAACGAAAACCACAGUAUAACGAACGAUAUAGUUCAGUUGUGCCCAAAAUAGUACGAUAUGUGGAAAAGAAACUAGAGUACGCUUGAAUUUCUAAGCAUUUGGGUGACGCGGCGUUUACAUGACCGCCAUUAGAGAGCUGUUAUGUAGGUUCAAGAAAUUUAAUCACUUAUUUCAGGGAAUUCUGCUCUCUAACAGUUCAUGUAUUAGACAAAGGAUUACUUUAAUGUUUAUGAGUUCCUCGAAGAAUAAAUUCACGCUUUUGUAGCAAAACUCGGUAACAGAUGUUUCUGUCCGCCAUUGGUGCUCAUCCGGAUGGGUACCAACAUGGCGUCUCCAUACAAAUCUCUACUUAAUUUUGUGUAAACAUUUCGUUGGAAAUAUUCCUCUGACCUGAAUCUUGGCGAGGGUCUUUGUAUAUUUACCUCCUUUCAUUUCCCAGAUUCUAGACUUAAUCUAUUGAACGGUUUUGAUUUUUAUUUUGAUCUAUUUUGAAUGGUGUGACACCGACAACCAGCAAUUCCUUGAUUAGCCACUGCAUAAAAUUCAAUUUACAAAGGUAAAGAUAACACUUAAAACCCUGGUUCUGAGUCAAGAAGCGAACAUGCCACCUCAAUGUAAAUCGAGCUGCGAAGAACAAGCUUGUUCUGAUAAAAACUGGAGCAUAAGACCCUAUUCCUAGAUCAGCUGCGGCUUUAAACGCAAUUUGGAAAGCAAACCAGAGCACUAAUAGCCCUUUCAAACUAGAAAUCAUAUUAAAGCUUGCUCACCUGUUAGGGCCUCUUAAACAGAAAACAAACAGCUGCACAUAGGAUCACCCAAUUUCGAACCACCGAGUUGUAAAUACAGGAUCAUAACGUCACUGCCCAAAUAUGGGGUCUUGCUUACACCUGAAUAUGUUCAAAAAUGCAAAUUUUAGAGGGUUAUGCAGAAUUUGAGAGUUUUUGCCUACAUUGCGCGGGAUUAUGAAUGUGCCGCCAAGGUAACCUCGCUUCUUAGCUCAGUUGCCUCGUUGGCAAUAAACUCAUAGACCAGAGACCAUGUAAAAUGAUAAUAUUUUAAUAAUGAUAAUAAUAAUAAUAUUUUAUUAUUAACAAAGGUAGAUCAAACAGAUACAUACCUGUAGCUAGGCUGAAAGCCAAGCUUCCAAUUUUAUAUUCUAAAAACUAAAGCAGGAAAUGUUAAACUAAUUGAAACUCCUCUAUUGGCUGUUGACUAAUAAGUGUGUGAAAGUAAUACUCGGUAUGGAUUCUUUGAAGUUUUAUAGGAGUUUGGUGGGGGCUGAUAAAGAGGUCUUUGUAUGGUGCAUGAAGGCAUCUACAUGCAUCAGUGCCCUUCAAAUUUUGACUGUUUGAUGAUUAAAUAGAACCAAUUUCGGAGUUGUAAAUUAUUGCCCAAUCCUAACUUUAUCGAAUUAUUGUCAAAAAGAGCUCUGAUGAUUGUUAUAAGCAACUAAAUGUUAAUAACUUUGUUGAAGGAAAAAGUCAAAUUUGAAUAACUCUACGACUCCCCCAAAAAUGUAUUUUUUGAAUAUCUCUGUGACAACAUUUUGUGUCAUGUAAGAAUUUAUGCCUUAAUUACAACUGUAAUGCAUUAUAAAUCUUCUUUUAUCAUCGCCACGUACACAUGAAAGUGUAAAAUCAUGAACAAGAAAGCAAAUUCAAUUAGAGCUUAACACUAACAACAAAUGACAACAGCUAGGGGCAGAAAAGUUUGAUACUUUCCUUAGAAGGUUCAAUUGGAAAAAAUUGUUUUAUGAUGCAGCCCCACAGGGGCAUUGUUUCUGUAAUGCCACAAAAUUCUUGCUGUCUAAGUGAGAAAGAAAGUCAGACAUGUCAGCUAUGUCGUGAUUGCACUAUACAUAAUAGCUGUCACAGCUGCCAAGGCAAAUAAAUAGCCAGCAAGCCAGCCACACUGUUGUCCAAUUUUAGAUCUCAGCUUUCAGCUGUACAAGCAUUGUCAUAUUUGAAUGAAUGACAGAUGGGAUCGUCACAGUUGUAUGUCAUGAUCAACGUUAGUGGUUUAAAAAAAAUACCCUGAAAAUGGUCAGUUUUUUUUCAUAACUGCUUAGGUUGAUGACUAAAGGUUUGGUGAGGAUCAUCACAUAAUUAUCAUUCAUUUUUUUGAUCCACUAUCCAUAAUUUCAGUUAUUCCACCCUGCAUUCACUAUUAGGUUUUAUUAUUUUUGUGUUCAAGAUUCAUAUUUUGUAUUUGACAGAGGUCCUGGUGAUUGUCAAAAAAGGACAGCGAAGGACACCAGCAAACCGCAAGUAAAGAAAAGUGAAAUAGGAACCACAACAAUAUCAAGUUACAAGUCACCUAAACAGAACUCUCUUGGUAAAUAAACAAAAAUAUUUUUAAAAAAAAUGCUCAACAGACAUGCAGUAGCACAUGUAUGUUUUCUCUGUGUCCUUUGUUGUUACUCAAACUAAACUGUAAAAUCAUUGGAUUUUUGUAUAUUUUUAGAUACAGUCUGACACUCCAUCAGUGUACAUUUCAGCAUUUAUGUGUCCAAUGUACUUAUUACAGCUAGCCAUGUGAAAAAUAAAAAUUUGAGUUGUAUGCUUCAGCAUUGUACUGUUGCACAUGUUUGAUGAAUGACCAGAUUCUGGUCUAUGCGUGAAUUUAACAUCACAGAGAUUUUAAAAAUUCCUUUAUUUCAGUUUUAUUAGCCUAAUCCCUAGACAAAAUAAAGUACAGUACUGCCACAGGUAGCUUGUCAGAAAUCAUUUAAACCUAUCAUCAUUAUAAACUGCAGUGUAUGAAAACAGUUUUUGUUUUUUGCAGAAAAAGACAUUGAAAUGCUGCGAGACAUAAACUCUUUGGUUGAAGAAGAGGUAUGUGAUGCCAAAUUAACCUUGCCUUGGAGGGAAAGAUGCUAACUAGUAAAUUAUUGUAAAUAUCUUAUUAACAGUCCACUACUCCUCUCAGGGCUGUUCAGGGACAAUUUACAACACUUGUUGGGGAACUUUUGCCAGACUGCUUAUGGUGCAGUUUACAAGCAGUGAAGGAUGACUGAUGAUACUCCCAACAUGAGUGUGAAUUGAGACAGAACACCACAUGGGGGUCUAAGUCCCUUAGUUAAUCUUUGGCGUUUAAUUUUUGUUAUCUCGACCUUAAAUUUUGCAUGCAAAUCCCUAUUGCCAAGGUCUUUGAAUUGAGAAAAAAUGACGGUGAUAGGAUAUAGUCACUUUAGCUUCCAGGAAUACCUUAAGGUCCGACAAGGGUUUGUACCAGCAGUCUCCUGCUCAGCAGACCGGCUCUUAUCCAAUUGAGCUAACAGGCUGGCUAUUAGUAGUAGGUGGUUAUAUUACCCAUUGGUUGGCUGUGGCAAGUCCAGUCCUUGGGGUAAGGUUAAGGGUGCACUGUUGCGCAAAAACAAAGUACCUCAGAGCCUUGGCCAUGCUGGCCUUAAUUUUGACCUGAACCCUUGGCCCCUAUCCUAGAUCUGCCAAAUGUUUGGGCAACUGCUUGGAUCUUCAGUUAGAUCCCAGCAGUAGCAGCAGUGAAAUGCACAAGUUGUUAGUGUAUUAUGACAUGGAACUUUCCAGAAGAUAAAAGUUAGUUAUCUAUGUUUCUGUUCUGCUUGUCAUCAGAUGAAGAAAAGAAUUCCAAAGCUACGUCACUCAUGGCCAAUAAGAAGAAAAACCAAGGAUGUCACAGGUCUGAUUGCCUUUUAAAAUAAUGUGAUAGAACUGUUUCAAAACACUGGUGAAUCAUUAAUGGUUUCCUAUCUUGUACUAAUGGGAAACAAGCAAAAUCAUUCAUUUUUUGCUUGAUUUGCAUUUUACUGGAAAUGUGUAGCUUAUCAAUAGUGAACUGUAUGCAAAAGGACGGGAGAAGAAAGAACACACUAAAACUUUGUGUGACAAGGGUGACAGCUGAUAACAUGUUUGAAAAAAGUUUCCCUUAAACUUCACCUUCCUUUUAACAGUUCUUUUAGUGAAGACCAGAACACAGUAAUGUUAAGUGAAUAUCGAGAAAAAUCACACAAGUAGUAGCCCUGCCACAUUUGUCACACACAAACGUUUCGCUGUCCUCUUCUUUCUGCCAACAUGUUGUGUAAGCUUGCUAAUCUUGAUUGAAAUCACAUCAUCAUCAUCAUCAUCAUCAUCAUUAUUAAAUUGCUGUUACAGAAGAUGCAUCAAGUAGUGAUGAAGAAUUAAAGCAAAUUAACAGAGAGCUUUCACCAAAGAGGUUCACAAGUCAGUUGAACAGUGUCUCUACAGGAAGAAGCAGUGGUGGUGGCAACAGACAUUUACUAGGUACAUAGUUAAAGUCAUAUGUAAAAUUUGGGCUUAUGGCUUGAGUAGUUUUGAAACAAUUUGCCGAGCUUCCCUCAGAUAAGGCAAUCAUGCAUUCCCUAGGCCACCCUUCUAAAUGGCCAACAGGUUUGCCUCCAGUCAGUUGGGUUUCUUAAGCUCAUUUUGUGAAUUUUGAAAUGUCUGUCUCUGUGCUUAAUUGUGGGCCACAAUGUAAACUACUGGAUCACCAGAAAAUUGUGUUACCCCUGUUAAGUCCAUUUUUUGUCACCUUAGUGGUACUCACUGGACCCCUGCUAGUGACUUGCUACUCAAUAGAGGGUGUCUGCUAAAAGUAAGGAAUAUUUUAGGACUUACAAAAUAAUGCCUCUGUCUUCUAAUAGACCCUUUCUGCAUUCCACUCCAGUAAGCACACGUAAUAAAAUAAAAUGUUAAGGCUUGGGUGGAAAUAACCCAAGCCUCGAGCUGAUGUGAUAUUUGGAAAAUUAGAAGAUGUUUAUGUGAUUUGCUACUAAGUGUUCUCUACUCAUUCUCCUCUUUUUCUUUGCAGAGCAAAAUCUUAAAAGACUGCGAGACAUCAAUGAAGAGAUACAAAAACUUCGAAUGGUUAACUCCCAUAGAGGAUCUCGAGAGGUACACUGUGUUCAGAAGAAAAGUGCAGUUCUUAUAAUAUAUACAGCUGUAAAUUAGCUGCUGAUAUUUUUGUUUUUUUGGUAUUUGUAGAGCAGUAGAGGUGGAAUGCAAGCAAGGCAUCUGCGUCGCCUGUCUUGUCCAUCAUUAAGUGGGCAGGACAUCUUACAAGCUCAUAUCAUUGCAGGUUAGAAGGAAUAUCGUGUAAUAAAAUGUUAUUGUCUAACUUAUGGGAUAAAGUUGACAACGGAACUUCAAGUCCUAUACUGCUCAGUAUGUAUUUUUUCUUAAAAAAAAGGCUUAAAAAUAUGGAUUUCCCUGUUUUUCCUCUUUGCCUUCGGUGGCUACCAUGAUUGCAUAAUCAUGACAGUGUACUGGGGACCAAAAGGAUUAUUUAUAGGAAUAAAAUACCUUGUAUUGUUAAAUAAAUUCUUCCUCUCAGUCUCAUGGAAAUGUAUGAGAAAGGUUUGGUUUAAACUGGGUUUACUACACUGACCUCUUUGAGAUGUUGAUAUUGGGUGUCCUGUGUCCACCAGCAGGAAAAGCCAAGGAGGAAAAGCAAAUUGUGAAUGGCACAGUUGAAAAAAAAGCGGAGAAAUAUCUCCCAGCGAGUGAUAAAAUACGAACUCUUCCAACAAAAGGAGAUACUCAGAGACAGGAGGAUUCUGCUUCAGCUUUAGACUCUAAACUCCUUUCUGUUGAUGGUAAAAGUGAGAGUGUACGGAGAGCCCACAGCUGGGGAAAAUGCGAGGAAAGACCGGAAUUGCACAAGCGAGUUAGCUCAAGCCUUGAUGAUUUGUCCAAGGAAGUCAAUGGCGAAGAAAAUAAAAAUGCUAGAGCUCGAGGGAAACUUGAUGUUGUUAAAAACAAGCGACCAGUGUCAUUAAAUCUUGAAACACUUGAAUCGCCAAAGGAAGAGGCGAAUAGACUUGCAGACAUUUUAGAUUCAAUAAAGAAAGCCAGUGACAAGACCAAAUCGACCAGCAAUGUUUCUUUGGCGUCACUUAACGAUGUUGAUGUCAAUUUGAACAAUCAAGAAAAUGCUCUCUUGAAUCCGAAUAGAAGUAAUCUCCAUACAAAGUCCUACUCGUACAGUUGCUUGGCAGAUCUGAAGCUCGGGGAUGAUGGAAAUUCUGUUGACGAACAAAAAACGGGGUAAGUUGCUGUGACCCAAACUCGUUCCCAUCGUUCUCUCCCUACAUAGAGACGGGUAGGAGAGAACCCUUGGAACGAGGUUGGGCGUAACCUGUUAAUGUAUUACAGAGAUGCCAAAAUCUGGAACCUAAAAUCUGGAGACCAGGGACCUUAUGAUCCGACAACGGCGAAUGCUUAGCUUCAUGUUUUAUGAAAACGUAAACAAGCGACGACGACAUUUUCUUUGUCUUUCUGAACUUGAAAGUGGUUCUUGGGAGUUCAGUUCCAGGAGAGUUCGCCUACAUUUGACGAAGAAAGUGUUAGAAUGCAAAUUCACUUUUUAAGCGACAUUUUCGUCUCCGUCGCCGGCCUCGGAUCUUAAGGUCCCUACUGUCUCUUUGGUUUUUACCUCCGAACAAUUAUAUUAUGUUUAAUUUGAGUGAGUAGUAGAGUACAGGGAAGGAUCUAGGAAAUUCAAAAAAGGAUGGGAGCAGGGACACUUUUCCGCUAUCUAGGUACUGUUUCUUUUACUGAAAAUUCUUUAAAAAUAAUACAAAAUUUCACAGAAAAAGGGAGGGGGAUGGUCCCCUUAGACCAUCCCUAAAUGCGCCCAUGGAGUACCCUAAAAGGUCCAGAACAGCGCACAUCCUUAACUAUAAUUACAGAAGUACAGCCUUUUUAUUCAUUUGUUGUUCAUGUACCUGUAGGAAAACCUUGGUUAAGUGUUUGCGUAUUGGUCUUUGAAAGAUAAAUAAUAUUAAUGAUCAUGACGCAUAACGGCAAUAACUCAAAGCUCUUAACAGCCAUUAAUGCAUUGACAAUAAUAUUAACAAAAAUCAAACUGAAUGCCAUAAUGCUUCUAACUUUUAAUAAUCUCUGCAAGUAGCAGAUAUUUCGAGGACCAAGUUUGACAAGGGUUCCCCCUGUGUUUUAAGCUUUUCUUAUUUUAAGUCAAACAACAUUUGACUGAUAUUUUCAGUGAUUUGUUUAAUGUUCUUAAUGAGAUACUUAGUAUUUCUUUGUGCGAGCAUUUGAACAACAAUCAAUAUAUUUACACACAGAUCUCAAUUUAGUCCUGAGGUACAGAAGAGGACUCUAUCAAAGGCAGAGACCCAGUUAUCUUUGUACGACUUUCUCAAUGACGAGUAAGUUUUUAAAAAAAAGAAAAGAAAAAGAAAAUAACAUACUUAAUAUUGUUAUUUUUUGUUUACUUUUUUAUGGAUAUCAAUGGAACAAAGAUUUUUGUUGUUGUGAGAGUUAGCUUUUCUAUGCUUUUCUGUGGGGUUGAAGUCUACAACGGACAUUCUGAUAUGCAAGGAAAAACUAUAAUUAUUUUAUUCUUCUGCCUUUCGUUGUUUGACGAGGCUUUCCCUUGAUAUUAUAUGUAUUCCAACAUAAGCAUCCUGGGGAUAGCUGACUUACAAACCAUUUUCCUUUUGGGGAGGUGGGGGUGGGGAGAUGGCGUGGGGGUGUUUUUCUCCAGUAUUUCUAGCUCUGUUUUCUGCCACACUAUUUAUGCAGCUUGCAAACUCGUUAACUUUUGUAAAGUGAAUAGAUGUAAUGGCUAUAGUAAAAAUGCCUCUGCUGUUUUAAAUAUUAUUUAUUUUCCAGAUUUAUGUUUUCUUCUUUAAUCUUUUUAUUAAAAUUGAUAAUUAAAAUAAAAAUAAUAAUAAAUGCAAUUUGACAACAAAGAGUGGGUAGCGAUCGUUUACGCAGUACCAUUUUAGCGAGGGUUGCGCAGCUUCUGUGACCAUGCCAGGCACUCGACCUUCAUUUAGUAAUUAAAUAUAGUUUUGUUGGCUGAACUUGAUUAUGUGAUAUUUAACUUAGUAGUUUUAUAAAUACAUGUUAAAAAACAAAAAGUAACCCGCAGGUAUAGUUUUGUUUUAAUGAUACGGCGCCCUUUAAAAGAUUGAAAGCGGGAUCAAGUAUAAAGAUAAUGUUAAAAAUCAAAGGCCUUUCAUUGCCAACGUAAGACUCAUAUUCAGCAAUAUAAAGUUUAAACAAGGUUUAAAGGUGUACUUAAGCUUAAUUAUAUGAGAAAGGAGCUAAAAUAUAAGUUGUUUUGUUUUGCCAUUAAUAUCUUGUUCAGUGAAAAAAGGCGUCAACUGCAUUUAAAUGCUAAAGCUGCGAAGAAGUGGUAUUCGCUGCAUGCUCUUGUAACCAUAAGGUACUGUAUAACAGUAAAGUUUAUUUUUAAUGAUGUUUCUAAUGAUUUAAAUAUAAAAUAAAAACGAAAGUAGAAACAGAGAUGUCAAAACUUAAUUGUAAUGAUGUCUUAAAAUGUGUAACUUGAAGAACAGGAGGCAUUAGGUGGGUUAUUUUAUGCGAUACACAGGCGGGUGUGAAUCGUGAGGAAGUAGCAGCUCAAGUCACGCGCGAAAGAAGGAGAAUCAAGUUCCACGCGUGCUUCGUGUUCCGCGUUCGCGUCUUGAACGGCAUUUCUGCAGGCGGCUAUUCAAAGAAUAACAAUUAUUGAUUGAGGCUGAGUAUCAUCUGAAUAAUUAUGGAGAUCGAGGAGGAUAACACCCUCUGAGAUCUCCAUAAUUCUUCAGAUGAUACGAAAGCCGACUUUAAUAAUUGUUUUAUUAUUCAUUCAAAAUAAUUCCUAGUUUAAAAACAAGAUAAAACAUGCUUACCUCCAUCGAUGUUAAGUUCUUCGAUAGUGCAUGUUUAUCGGCAAAUUUAGGAGAUAAAGGGUUGUUCAGGUCUGCAAAUAUUCUCCAAGUAGCAGAUGUCGUCCGUCGAGUUGUCUUCCUGUUGUUCUUGCUAUAUUUUUAGCCAGUAGUUCGCCUAUACCGUAAAAUUCCGAAAAUAAGCCCGGGCUUAUAUUUUUUAAACGCCCUUUUUGAGGGGCUUAUUUUUGGAGGGGCCUAUAUUCGGAGGGGCUAAUAUGCGUUUCAAAAUCGGCUAGGCUUAUACUGGGACGGAAAUAUGCGUCUCAAAAUCCACUGAGCUAGCUUGUAGUUAGAAGGACAUUUAUGUCAGUAAUUUGCACCAAGUUUUGACUGAAACUCGCCUUGAGGACGUAGAUCUUUCUAAAACUCAGCCAUGCAAGUACUUUGUCUAUAUGGACCGAGGAAAUCUAAGCCAAGACUGAAGAGUGAACUACGCAAACAGCAAUAUACUGUAACACUUUUUGACCGCAAACAUUUGGCACACGUGAUAGUUCUUUUGGCAAAUCCAAAAAUUUAUGUGUUACUGUAGAGCUUUUGCUUUUUUUUUUUUUUUAAUUUAGGACAGUUUCCAAGUAGAAGCCCCCGAGGGCUUCUAUUUGGAGGGGGGAUUUAUCGGAGGGUUUUUUGCGUUACGAGUUUGGGGGGCUUAUAUUUGGAGGGGCUUAUACAUGGAGGGGCUUAUUUUCGUAAUUUUACGGUAUCUUCCUCGUGAAACCAGUGAAAUGUUCCGCCAUUUUGAAGUCACUACCGAAACAACUCAACCUCGUCCCCAGGUCUCCUCGGUGAACGGUUUAAUAAUCUGGCAAUUUUGCUACACGACUGACGUCAUUUUUAACAUAUCGCAAAAUUCUUCCAAAUUUGGUCGACAAUAGCUGGUUGUGAUGAAUUAUGCUUGGGAUUUUAGCCAAUCGGAAGCGGAGAAAUACUCUGAAUUAAUAAUGAUCUAGUUUAUUUGACCUUUUCCAAGCACCUUGCAAAGUUUUCAUUCUAAACGAGAAAAUUUCUUAACAUCGAAUAAUGAAUUUUUCCUUAAACUCGCUGUAGUUUAUGAUGAAGGUUACCUUAAAACGUUCAUUCAAAAGUGCUUUCUUUGUAGGAAAAUCAGAAACUCAAUUGCUUACGUAAACGAUAAAACUUACUUCUUACUACUCCCUUACUUCUUCCUACCCUCUGUUCAUAUUGGGAAAAGUACUUCGUUCUUUAAGUGGAACAUGUUGUAAUACUUCGGUUUUGUUGUCACAGGGAGGCCCACGAUAAAUCUCAAAACAAAUUGUCUCUAGAAGAGUUUCUGGGCGAACAGUAAGUAUUGAAUGCUCUUGUGUGCUUAAAGAGCUUAACAAUUGUUGGAUGAGGCUGAGUAUCAAUUCAGAAACGGAGAAAUAUUUUGAAUGAAUAGUAAUUAUUUCCGGUGCAGGGAUUUGGCCCAGAAGGCGAAAUCCCGAGGAGGCAUCCCAGUAGCUCGCUCGUAUAUAUAGAAAAGUUCUUACAAUUGAAAUAUACAGUCAGUACACCAGAAAAAACAAUCUCGAUUUGCUUGAACAGGGGCCGCGAGGAAUCGGUAGGUAAUGAUUACGUUUCUAUUGUUGAUAGCGUCAAACAAAAUGCCCGAAGGAACCGCUUAGGUUGAUUUUGUGACUCUUAUUGUACAUCCUUACUGUGAUAUUCUUUUGCGUUACGUGUGUUCAGUGAUAUUCUGUGGAGCAGUUGUUUUGAAAGUUAGUCUAGCUUAUCACUAGCAAAAAUAUGGACGAUUACAGAAAUUCGCCGACAAAUAAAUUAUGUGCUGACGUAUUCCCUGCUCGCAGAUGUCCAUCUAUGAAGGUUUUUUAAAAAGUAUUUUCUUAAUAGUUAAAAAGGACUAGAAGGCGCGAGCGUGAAUUGUUCAAACCUUUUAAUUUCUAAGGCUUGCUUUCCGGCUAUUAAAAUGAGCUGUAUGUAAAAAGUGAAAUAGAAACAGCGAAAAAUUCCCACUUCCAAUCAAGUCUUUUCUUAUAGUUUAGAAUAAAAUAUUCUCGAAACAGGCUACUAAAAACAUGGUUGAUACGACCAGAUUUUCAUAGCCCCGGCCUUAAAGGGCAGUGUUUACUAGCGGGUGUUUUAGUGUACAUACUUCCCUGUACUAUCCUAAUAACAAUGCUUGCUUUGUUUUAUUUUUCAGCGGCCCGGAAAGUGCUGACGAUUCAGAAGAGCUUGAAAAGGUGAGACAGGUGCCAGUAUUAUAUUUAACUAACGCGGCAGUUGUUUGCCGUCAGAUCAAAUGUGUCACAUUAAAUCCAGUUUGUAGUUCUGCAGCACAAUGGACCACUAGUCAUCUGUCAUACGGUUGACACUUACUGGCAAGUUAGCGACUGAAAAUGUGGUCGUGUUUGUCAGCUGCUCUCUCGCUUAUAACCCUGGCUGAACUGUCCUCUUUGUAAAGGAGUAAAAGGCUAGCUAGUCUCGUGGUUUUAUCAUGGACAUUUCGUAAACUGAAGCCUCUUGCAAAACGGACGCAACAUUGUUGGCCAACAACUCCCAACAUUUUUGGAGUUGUUGCGUCCGUUUGCACGUAGCUAGGUUGUUUGCGCUUUGACAAGCGACGCGAACGACUUCGUAAAUGGUUAAGCGAUGCCGGAAAGAAAUCUCUGCUCGUAGGGUUAGCCGUCGUGCGCGCAAAUCCCGCCAGCCAUGCGCGCAGCCUACUUAUUUACGGAAGCGAUUCCAUGUGCGUUCUAAUUUUAGCGGGUAACUUAAUAUGCUGGUAAAGUGAAAGUACCUUUUUUGUUAUUGUUCUCGACCAAAAACUUCUGAAAUACUCCGGUGAAGAUAUCAAUCAAUCACCUCUGGAGAAAAUCGUCAGUUUUAGCGAUGUUUACACCAUGGUAGAAACAAAUUUAGAGAAAUUAGUUACGAUUUAAGCCCGCGCUGGUCAAUUGCUCGCAAAAUACAAAUUUUGUAUCAUAUUGUCUUUCUGAUUGUAAAGUGCAUGGAUAAGUUACAGUGGAUCGCGCUGUUUUAAUUAUCACUUACGCUAAGUAUCAUGUGAGUUUUUUUAAAAAAAGAACAUGAAUAAGCGACCAGUUAUUCAUUUGCUUUGAUAGACGUUGGUGAACAAAUUGACAAUCAUAUUCAAGGAGUGUCACUAUUCUGAUAUUGUAAUUUAAUUUGCAUUGAUCCCAGAGGCUUUCUUGAACACGCGGUUUUGAUGCGCUUUUUGUUGAUAUUUUUAAAGCGAUGUCAGCGAUAUAUAAGUGCUGUUUUUAUUCACACCCAUGAUAAAUGCUGCAGGUUUAUUUACGAUAUUUCUAACUUCAUAGCGAUUUUUAAGGAAAUGACAACGGCAGUCGCGACCGCCAACCUGGAUUUUCGUUGUUUUCAUCCUGAAUUUUGUCAAACUUGCCAUCUAUUUCAGGAGAGACAUGAAUCUAAAGGAAUUCGCCGAUUUAGCCAGCUGUUUUCAAGCAAGCAAAAGGUGGGUUAAUUUGUUCGUAGUAGUAAUAAAAUGCUAACUUUUUAAUCGACCGGGAUCGGCUUCUAUUUUUAUAUACGGAUAUUGCCUUGUCUGAAAAGGGUUAGCGAUUUAUUAUUGAUAAAACAGCGCCGUGAAAUGGCCUAUGUAAACAUUUUAACAACCACAAAUCUCGUGUUUGUAAAAUCAGCGGUGCUGUACAAAUACUCAUGGAAUACAGUCCAGUCUCUCUUAACGGACAUCUCUCAGUGUAAACCGGACACCUAAAGGUGGCCCCUGCCUUUCGUUACUCCCUUCAUUUGACUAGAGACGUCUCUCUAAGACGGCCACUUAUUGCCGGUCGCAAAGGUUUCCGCCUAAGAGAGAGUUGACUGUAGAUUCCUUUCAUCAAUUUCGAUGGUUAGAACACACUUUUAUUGUUACCAUCUCGUGAGCGGUUGUGUUAUAUAUAUAUAUAUUUUUUAGAUAAACACAGCUUUUCACUCUCAUUAUUGCGAGCCGGUAAGGUCUCGGAAUGAACUUAAGUGAAAGGUGUGUCAGUGUGUGAUGCAAUGGAUAUUUUUAGGAACUCGGCGUGAUAUGCACCAUUUUCCUUUGAUCUCAUUGAUCGAGUUGUAGCAACCUCGUCGCCAGGCUCUUUCUUCUUCUUGAAACAGGAGGAACAGAGAGGGCCUGGAACGAUGUCAGGUUAGUAGAGCGGGGAAGUUUAAAUUCAGAAACGUAUGUUGACUACAACUUCAACUUCCUGUGAAAAGUUCGGAACUCUAUGAGCUCUGAUUAAAAACCGAUCAUUGCCUAGAUGUGUUCAAAUCAGAUCAUUCAAUCAAAAUUUGUUUAUAUUUCAGCCAUUAAAGCGUGAACUUCCAAAGCUUCAGAAGGGGAAUUCUUCCAGAAACAGUUUACGUAAAGACAAAUCGUUUGGUAAGUGUACUGUAUUUAGGACGCGAAGGGAGCUUGUUGCCUACAUGUUCCUCAACUUAUUUCUUUUUGAGAAAUAAAGAAAGGGUGAAAAGUUCAAUUCACAGGAUUUGAAAAGUGGAGUAUACCCCGUUUCCCCAAAGGAGAAACGAACGAAGAAAUAAGUGUAUAAAUUGGGAUGUUUUCCCGGCUGUUGCCAUAGUGGUUGAUCACUCUUUGCCUAUCCUGUCGGAUUAUGCUUACUCAAAAAAGGUCAAAAGUUUGACUGAAAUGAAAAAACGCCUUGUACUGAAUAUGGUAAACAGUACCCACAGGAAAUUUCUGCUCCCCUGUAGCUUUCAUUUUAAUGUUCACAAUGUAGUCCGCAUAUUCUUCAGCUUUCUGCAGACUAACCACCCGUGAUUAUAGUAACCUUGGGUGAUUUGUUUCCCAUAGCGACGCGCAAUAAGGAUGGGGAAGAUAGCAAGCUUGUUGAAGGGCAGAAGACAGCACUCGGACGCAGAGCGUCGGGUGUAACAAACAAAACGUCCAAGCCUGGGGAACAGGUAUGUGACAGUCCCGUGACUUAUUAUCUUGUGUCACGCAACCAAGCUGUCAUCAGUGCGUACAUGACUUUGUUGUCAGACAAUGGUUGAUAACUUUAUGUACCAAACAUCACCCUUCGUCUCUCGACAGCAAAAUCCAUUGUUUGAGUUAUGGGAGGUCUGUUGUCAAGUUGUCCUUCCGGGAGUCUAGGUAGCCAAGUCCUGUUCUGGUCAAGAAAAUGAAAGCAAACAAAACAACUAAAUUUAAAAGUUAAGAGUUAAGAGACACCACUGUUGAUACUGAAAGUGUACUUACGUGCCUUUACACUGCCAACUUCAUCCCUGUUUUAAAGAUAGAGAGAAUUCGUGCAGUGUUUGAAUUUAUUAAGAACCUGGGCCCAGUUGUUCGAAGGCCGAUUAGCGCUUAUCCAGGGUUAAAUUUUAACCCGGGUCUCUUUUUCGUUUCAUCAAAAGCAUUUUCUUGGACAGUUUCCUCUAUUAUUUUUAGAGUAGCCAAUCAUCAAAUGAUAAAAAGAACGAACCUGAAUUUACUUUUCAAGCUUUCAUAUCUGAAUUCAAAUUUCGAACUACCCUGGGUUAUCUUAACCCAGCUUUGAACAACUCGGCGCUGGAGAAAAAAUUAAUUGUGAAUAAAUCUCAGGCCCCGUCCACACGUAUCCGGAUAUUUUUGAAUCCGCAACUUGUUCUUUCCGGGUUAAAAAAUUUCCACGUCCACACGUAUCCAUAUUCAAAUCGAAUUUGCCCGUCCACACGUAUCUUGAUUCGCUCUAGUAUCCAGGAUUCUUCUGAGAAUAUUGGCAACAGAGCAUGCGUCGUGGUUGCCGUCUUGAAUACAGUAUUCAUGGUAAAGAACUAGGUUUAUCUUGUGACGUCACCGGGUGAAAAAUAUGCGGAUUUAGCGUCCACACGAUUCCGGAUUCAUAGCGUAUUCAAAAAUCUUCACUCUGGAAAGCGGAUUUAAAAAGUUGCGGCUGCGUAUGCCGAAUUCACCGGAUACGUGUGGACGGAAGCCGUACCCGGAAGGAAAGAGUUGUGGAUUCAAAAAUAUUCGUAUACGUGUGGACUAGGCCUCAAACUUCCUGCAAAAAACUGGAGAUUAACUAGCGCUUGUUUUCUAAUUAUUUUAGGGGCCGACGCUUCCCAAUCCUGGUUUAUUAACACGUGCAGGAAGAGGAAAUAAUUUAUCAGCAAGAGCAAGCCUGCAUACUAAGCCGACCUCUCCUCUUUCGUUUAGAAGGUAAAUCAAAAUUAAUAUAAGGCGGACUGAAGACUUUUUACCAAACCCUCUAAACUCAAUCAGCACAGCAUGUUAGUUCAACAUUGUCCAACACUGCUGGAUGAAACCUGUUGGGCAAUCACUGUUCAACCGUUUUGGAUGCAAGGUGUUGGACAGUCAUUGCCCAACACUGCCCGAUGUAACAGGUUGGGCCAACAUUGUCCAACACUGCUGAAUGUUACAUGUUGGACCAAUUUGCGCAACACUGCUGGAUGCAACGUUUUGGGCAAACGUUGGUCAACAUUGUUGGAUGUAACAUGUUGGGCCAACAUUGUCCUGCACUUCUGGGUACAACCCGUUGACUCACCUUGUCCAACACUGCUGUAUGCAAAAUGUUGGGCCAACAUUGUACAACACUGCUCAGUGUGACAUGUUAGAUCCUCUUCAAAACCUUUUUGGGCGGUGUUAAAAAUUGGGGCUUCUUUGAAACCAGAAUACAGUUGAAAGCCCGGUAAGUGACCACUCAAAAUGCUAAGACCUAAUAGUGGCGUCCAAAAUUGAACCAAGGAGGGUCUUUUCGUAGUUGAGGUCCCGACACGUUUGCCGUUUGGAAGAGAAUUAAUUGCACGUUACGAUGGGCGCAGUUUCGUGUUUUCACUAUAAGUUCUUCAUGUCCUGUGAGUAGCCUAGUCAUGACAUACAGCAAGCACAGAAAUCAGAGCAUGUGUGAAGCGGUCGCAUACACGAACUUAAAAACAGUGGAAAAUAGUAAAACCGCAAACUGCCACCUCAAAAAGAGGUUCCAUCUAUCAGGCUUUAACUGGGAAAAUGGUGGUAUUUCGGAUGGGUCCCACGUGGAGGUUAAUUCACUUUGAUACAUAGACCUACGACGCUUAUCCCAUGAUGCUAUCACGUGAUCGGGUAGUUCAUUACUUUUUGUUUUUACUUAUAAAGCAGAAGCUUUACGAUGGAUGAAGAGAAUAAGGAGAAGGGAAAAGACAAAGGGAAAGACAAAGAGUGAGUGAAAAAAAAUGAAAACUGGUGAUUUUGAUAUAAUCGACUUUUUUCAUGUUCAUUUCACUCAUUUGCAAUAUAGUUGUAUGCGUUAUGUUGGACGUAACGCUACAGCGCUUAGCUCCGCGUGGUCAAACAUUUUGCGCGCUGUUACACUGUGUUGCCAUCAGCUUUAGUGUCACAUUUUCAAUGAACCAUCACUGAACCAUCUGUUUGCUUACAAUUCUCGUUCAGUUUUUAAUUUUUUUCUUCCUUGUCUGUUGACUUUAGUUCCGGUGUGUCGCCCGAUGUGUCUGGAGAUGACGAUGAUGACGAUGAAAGCGGUGGGUAUCCUGUCAUUCACUUUACAACCCAAGCACUCGUUAUGUGAAACUCUCCACCUAGAGAGAGGAAGGGGGAGGAAGGGGAAAGGGUGGAAAGGUGCCUCUCCACCUAGGGGGAAGGGGGAAGUAGUUCAAUUUCCCCGAAUCACACACUUUCAUCAUUGAUUCUUUGAAAUCUGUUAUCUGUUUGCUGCUACGUGCACUAACUGAACGAAUUAGUUAUUUGAUUUUUCUGUUGCGAUGUAUUUGUUAACGGCUGGUUUUAUUUUUUCGUUCCAGAAAUUGGUCUUGAGGUAAGUUGUCCCUUUAUUUGCUCUGCCGUUUUUCGUUCACUCGUUUCUCCUUAACAUGUUAAUUGCUGCACUUUGUAAUUGGCGGAAACGUCUUACGCCACUACGCGUGUUUUUCUCGUCCUUUGCGCCUGCUUCAUAUAUUGACAUGUGAUCACAUUGUUUCGUUUGAUACAUGAAAUGUUAAUUGAUGUAUCUAGAUCGUUAUACUUGAUGUGAAAGACUUCAACCCUUUUCUUAGAUAAUGUAAGAUCAAAGAACAUUAAUGCCAUGUUUUAUCUCAUACAUUUUUUUUGCAGUGUCAAAAUGAUCCAAGUCUUGAAAUUAAAGAUGAACCAGAGGCGUGGAGUGUCACAGUCGACAAGAAGGUACCAGUACCAAAAUAUUUUUACACUUGCUUCUUAUAACCCUUAAACGUUACUACCUAAACGAAUUGGAGUUGUUUCAAACUCCACUGCCUGUUUUCCCGCUUGCUCAAUUUUUCAGUGCUAGGCAGGAACCAGCCGAAUAUCAGGGAAAAGAGGAAAGCUUAAUUUGUAGUUGUAGGCAAAUUGUCCUGAAGUUGAGUGCGUAGAGACCCCGAUCUAAUUCCAGAAAUAGAAAGGAAAAUUCGUCGGCGUGUCUUGCCGCCCUCCUUAAAUAGUCGUGCAUGGUAGUGAUGGAGAAGAAAUUUACAGUGAUGGACGGGUAGAGUUGUUGUUUCUUAAAGGUUCACCUUUUUUGACGGAAAUGUCUCGUCACAGUCGCCGUCGUAGUUGUUUCAGCUUCAUCACCAGAACGCGACAGAAACUUCACUUUAACUAAUAAACGCUGUUUUCUCCUUCAAUUGCAGAUUUUAAAAAAAAUGACAGCUAAAGAUAUCAAAAGACAAGAUGUAAUUCACGGUAAGACCGAAUGAUUGCUUACAACCAGGGGUGGAGGACAUUUAAGGGUAGUUUGGGUGGCGGUGUGCGCUAAGGCCUUGGGACCUUGAUCCUCUUUAAGACGAGACAUUUUUUUUCAUGACUUUGAUUUAAUUUGUUUCGCAUACAAAAGUAUUUUUCAAGUGACCUCAACGAAUGAGAUUUUAAGUGAAAAAAUUGUUAGCAAUACACAUGAGAACUGCGCACUACCAAGGUUUACACCCAGUUCUAGGCGUCUGGUCUAGGAAAACACCCUGUUCAAGACGCGAAAUAGAGAAAUGGCAUUCCUGGGACCCCCAAAACCAUACCCCGUCCACAUACUCAUUUUGGCCAAAUAAGGGAGUGUCUCCCGGAAGAAGGGGGUUGGGGGGAGGGGGUGACCUUUUACCGGGUUUAUAGCCGUGAAGCGUUCCUCUUUAACUCCAAAAACAGUGACGAUUCCAUUUGUAAGUUUCCCCCAAAAAGGUUUUUAAUGAAGAAAUGAAUCUAAGAAAUUCUCCCUUGAGUACGCAAAAUUUUGAAACGUAAAUGAUGCUGUAGAGGUUUUCUCAAAACAUGUAAUCACACCACCGGAUUUGUUCACAGACUCAAAGAGUUCGAACUACGAACUGAAUAAAUAAUGCCAUGUGAAAGUACUACUGAAGAGUUAGCCUGCGUAGCAGGCGCUCGGAAGUAGAGGGCGAAAGAGAGAACGGGCGCGCGCGAGGGAGACACGCAAGGGGUGUCUCGCGUGUCUCCUUCUCGCGCGCCCGUUUUUUCUUGUGCCCCCAACUUCCAAGCGCAUGCCACGCAGGCUGCUGAAGAGUUCUCAUUGAAAUGGCCCAACACCUUAGGAUUUCAUGCACAGACUCUAAAGUAAGAACUACCUACUAAAUACGUAAUACCAUGUAAAAGUACUGCUGAAGAGGUUUCGUGUGAGUGAUAACGACAUAGGAUUUCGUUCACUGUCUCAGGAGUUAGAACUACCUUAUUAUCACUCCACAGUAUAUUUUAGACAAAAAGUGUCCCUCUGUUUGGUAUAGAGCAUUCCUUAAACCGAUUUCCACUCUCUUGUGUGUGCUACAUAAUACUUAUCCUGUUGUGUGUUAUGUUUCUCUUAGAGCUGAUUCAAACUGAAGUCCAUCAUGUAAGGACUCUAAAAAUCAUGCAGAAGGUUAGUAUGUCUUUCAGGCUCUUAUCGUGCGACGUUUUUGUAAGUUAUGGCUGUAGGCAACAGGGACUUUUUGAUACAUGUGUAUUGCUUUUACUUAUUAUUAGUGUUACUCAAUUUUGCUAUUUCCUGUAUUAUUCCUUCUUAUGUUUUGGAAAGAGAAAAUACAUGUUCUGUCUGCAAAGAGCAGGUUACCCACGCAACGACCUGUCACUGACUACAUUCAAUAGGAGUUGAAGGUGUAAAACUCACCGCGAAUACCGACUUUUAUCUUUUCAGAUUUUUUACAAGGGAAUGUUGAACACCUUGAAUAUGCCACCGGAUACUGUCGAUCAGAUAUUGCCAAGGCUUAACGAUCUACUACAAAUAAACGGUAAAAUAUUGUUAAAACAUAGCUGAGAUUGUGUUAAACAAAACCGCUUUUUAGACUUCGCGUAAAUGACACACCCUAAGAGUAAAAAAAAUGUUACUGCAGACAUUGUCGAAGUUCUUAAUCGCUUUUCCGCAACAACAAAGCUUUAUCAGUGCUGGUGCUGUUCACGAGGAUACCAUGAUAAAGAGUUCUUGGUUUACGCUUUGGUCGUUAAAGGGCACAAAUCAGACUCAGACUAAACGAUUUGUUUAUUCCUCAUAUACUUACCGAAAAGAGGUGUAGUAGUUAGCUGUGACUAAUUCUCGCUUUAUUUCAUAUUUUUCAAUCUAGGAGACUUUUUGAAUCGCUUGAAAGCAAGCGAAGGAGAAGAUACUGUUGUCAAUAGCAUCGGAGAUGUGUUAGAGCAACAGGUUAGGAAAAAACAACUAGUAGAAGAUGAUUCAUCUUGUACAAGAUUAAAAAACAGCAUUUAAGUUUUGACUAUAGAAUUGUUGCAUUGAGGGCAACUGCUGCGCAGUUGUAGCCUGCGAGCAAGCUCUCCUCUUUGGGCGAGGAAAACAAAAACAAAAAGCGAGUCUUUCCUCGACCCCUCGCUUCGCUCGCCUAAAUAGGAGAGCUUGCUCGCAGGCUAGCGCAGUUGUAGAGAAAACAUCUGAAGUUUAAUAUCUGUCGGUGAACUGCAUAUCAUUUAUUUUAUGAUAAACGGAAUAACAGAGAUUAGAGUUUCCUUUAGUUUUCUUGUCCAACUUUAUUUUGUUUUCUCUGUCACCUUCUAUAGUUUAGUGGAGAAAACAGCGAAAAGAUGAAAAGCGCUUAUGGCGAAUUUUGUAGCAGCCACAUGGAAAGUGUGGAGCUUUAUAAGGUAUGAAAGUGCACCUGUUGUUUGAAUGGAGAGUUUUAACUUGAGGUUAAAAUAAUUUUGGCACUGCUUUUGACUGCUUUGGAUUUCCAUUGCAACGCUGCCAUUGCUUUAAAAAACAUUGCAGCAAUUUUGCAAUAGUCUCCCAACGAAGGUAUUAUGUCAUCACGCAACACUCCAGCGUUGCGUGACGACUCAAAGAACGGGCACAUCAGAGACUACUUUUUUCAACCAAUCAAAAACCCCACAAUUCAAUCAAUCCUGAGAACCUGGCUACGCGUAUUUCUUCUGAUUGGUUGAUUACUUGGGAAACAGUGCGUAGGUUAAGUAAUUUCUUUUCUUUUUUCGUUUAGAAAUUAAUGCAGAAAGACAAGAAGUUCGCAGACUUCAUUAAGGUAUGUUUUAGGAUGAAAUCUAAUUUUAUUGUAAUAAAUAGGAUUACUUUGAGAUUGUUAUAAGAUAUGUUAGGGCUGGACACAGGCCAAUGGCUUGGUAAUGGUCACCUUUUUAAAUAAAAAGGACCUCAUAUAAAAAGCAUAAAGUCCUGCAACCGGCUCUGAUAUGUGGUCUCUGAGAAAUAUUAAUGAAUGCCUAGCUUAGCUUUUAUUCGUGUUUAAAGUUGAUAGGAAGCACGGUAAAUAAAACGAGUUUAAGGUUUGGAAAAGAUGUGCCCUGACUUCAUUGUUUGUUUUUGCAGAGAUGCAAUCUGAACAAGCACACUCGGCGACUAUCUAUCCCAGAGUGCAUCACGCUCAUCACCCAGAGACUUACAAAGUAUCCGAUACUUAUUGAGGCGAUAGUGAAAACUACAAAAGGUAGGUCGUAGUAUCUUUGAUAGCUGUGUUUUGAACCCUUUGGCCACUCAUUUUGUGUGGCGUUUAUCGGAUUUUGAUCCUUUGUAUUUGUUUCCGUUUUCAUUUUAGAGUCAAAGCCGGAUUUUACGUCGCUGAAGAAUUCAGUCACUCUUGUUAAGGUAAUAUGAGUUAGGGAAUUGACUCCAUUGACAGAACAUUCUAGGGGACACAAAAAGAGUGAAGUAAUAAUUUCAUAAUGGCGUAAUUUCAUAUGAGACAGUGGAGUUCAGAAUGCAUGUAGGCAGAUUGCACUCAGAACGAAGGUUUUUCUUUGAUUGAUAAAUCGUUUAAAGCUCAAUAAUCUCAAACGAAUGGAAAGCAGGCGAACAUUAGGACUGAAAUCUAUUUCAGUAAACUUUGGCGCUUCAAUGUGGCAUACAGUGAUACAUGGCAUUUUUCGAAGAAGUCCAUUUCGAAAGGAUCCCGCUAUAAACGGCAUUUUUUCCAAUCAGCACGUGCACCGAAAACGCGUUUGCAUUCAUAGGAUUAGGUAACUAUAUUACUUCUUCUUUGGACAGGAAAUACUACAAAGCGUGGAUCAAACGAUAAAGGAUUAUGAAAAACAGAAGGUAUGACUUUGAGCAAUAAACUUUUGUCGAAAAGUUCACCACGAUACAGUAUUUCACUCAAAAUACUUCCCUUCCGUGAGCAGCUUUCACUUGUGGUACAUCUUGGCAUCAAAAUUUACCACUCAGUAAGGUUUACCACUGUUUUCGUUUAUUGAACUAUAGACUGAUCACUACAUAAUGAAAGUGUGGCAAUCAACUAAGGGCCUGUUUACAUGGAAGUGGGGGACCUCAGGUGGGUGAGGUAACCCCCUUAGGUAGGGUAACCCGCCAGUUCAUAUAAUCUCUCAUUUUAAUUUAAUUACGUUUAAGUGAUAGGUGGGGUGACCAUAUGAGGGAUUCUAUGGACAGGCGGGUUACCUCACCUACCUGGGGUCCCCCACCUCCAUGUAAACAGGCCUUAGAAGUCAGAACAUUUUUCUUCCCGAAUUCUUCUGAUACAUGUUAACUUGUUCUUCUUCAGCAAGCGCAAGACAUGAGAAUGAAACUGGAUUUAAAAGUUACUGUUACAUACGGAAAGAACGGGAAAAAAGUCAAGGUAAGUCACGAGACGGAGGCACCGCCUAAGGCACCAUAAUCUCCAUAUUAAAGUUUUGGCCCUGUAGAAUACGUUUUUAAUUUUGAAAGAAUUACAACCAGAGCAACGACACUACCAGAGUAAAGUGUUACGAAAAACAAACGACAGCAUGGAAGAGGUACCAUUUGCCAGGGUCAGCCAUGGUUUUCGGUCAGUUAUACGGUAUACAGGGGUCUUUAAAAUUGGUUAUACAUUAUCGUUCAGCUCAGUUCAUCGAUAUCAUUCUUGAGACGGCAUAUUGCAGAAAGGUUUGGUAACUCGCCAGAGUUUACUUAAGAAACUUUUGUUUACGUAUUACGUAUUACACUAAACCUCCACCGACUGUUAAAGUGGUUGUACUGCACGUAACUUACUAGCAUCUGAUUUUGUAGAAUAUUGACUUGGCAUCCAACACGAGUAAGCUUAUCCAUGAUGGUGUGUUAUUAUGGAAGACAGCCAGAGGAAAACUGAAUGGUAUGUACUCUGUUAUCAAUUGCCCUAGUACAACUGUGCAGAGUUGUUGUUUUACUUAUAAAACCUUUUCCCUUUUUUGACGUUCUCGUUGCCGUCGCUGUGAUCGAAUCUUAAGGUCCCUAUUAGUAGUACCCUGGAAUGCUUUAAAUUAUAGUGCACCACUUCAAUAAUGAUGAACAGCAAGUGCGAUUUAAUUUUGCAGAAACACGGGUAUUGAUCAUGGAAGACAUGUUGGUUUUCUUGGAAGAAAAAGACAAAAAGUACAGUUUACUCUCACUUGACCAAAAGGUAAUAAAGUGUUAUGUAUUGGCUAGCGUGAAAAAACAGCUGACAUUUCGCCACGCCAACCGUUUUUCAACCAGUCAGAAGCACUACUCAGACCUGGGUUGUGGCACGUCAUUAGACAGCAUGGAAUUUCUGCGCGCGUGCCUCAGACGUCACGUGGUGGAGAAACCAGUGGAGGCGUCGCGAGAUGACGGCUGUUUCCUCAGGCUAUGUAUCGGUUAGACUACGAGUAGUCCCCCAUUUUUCCUCAGGGAUAGUAGAGCGAGCGAAGCGCGAGCGCGCGUGAAAAUCACCCCACGCGAGAAGGGCGAGACGCGUGUUGCCUUUUCUCGCGUGGGGUGAUUUUCACGCGCGCUCGCGUCUCGCUCCCUCUACUAUCCCUGAGGAAAAAUGGGGGACUACUGGUAGUCGGUCAGCCAUCUGAUCUUCAUAAGAGUUCGGAGGCAACUGAAGUUUGGUUCAGUCACCUUAUUUUACCUUCACACUUGGCUGUCCCUGCACAAUCUUCUUUCACCGGGGGUCUCUGUGAGCCUGGAACUGGUAUCUAUUUUGUGCCUCGCUUUGUAGUUCAGCCCAUCUUCAAUAGGUCAUUUCUGAGUUCCAAAAACUCUCACUUUGAGAGCGAGUGUGAAAAUGAGUUCUAUUUGCACGACAAUAAAAAUCAUUUUCAUAACAAUGGCUUCGCACGCAGCCUCGCUUUGAAACAGAGACUUGGAGGAACUCGGAAAUGGCCUAAUCAUGCAGACGCAGUAGUAGUGUUAGUAAAAGUAAUGCUCCAACUCUUUAUAACUUUUGUGUGUAGUUUGCCGUUCCUUUGUUGCCUUAUCCAAACUUUUUUCGUUUUGUUCACCAGGCUCCAGUUAUCAGGCUCAAGAAUUUGAUGGUGCGAGAGGUAGCCACGGACCGAAAAGCCAUAUUUCUCGUGAGCACCAGCCUGCAAGGACCCGAGAUGUACGAGAUAGUUUGCGAGUCCCCAAGUGAAAAGAAGCGGUACGUAUCUAAUCGAGGCAAUUCUAAGGGCUUCUAACCUUGCUAUUGAUUAACCUUGUUACCUCUUGCCGUGGCUUAAGGUAAAAUUCAAGAAACGGAAAUAUUUUAAAAAGUCACAACAUAGUGUUUCAUUCACAGACUCAAACGUUAGGACCACAAGACAACAGGAAAGUACCGCUCAGUAGCAUGAGAGUUCAUAGCUUUGAUUCAAAAGUAGCAUGUUCACAAAUCCUCUAUUUUCUCUUUGGAGAUCGUCGAGUGCGCAUAUGAAAAUAAAAGCCGCGAGGGGUCAUUGAUCGCUAGUGCAAGAGGGUGUGGUUUCCUCGGGGAAAAAAGAAUGAAUAGGAAGGGGGAGAAAAACGUCUGUGGACAACCGGGCUAAUUUGAAAUUCCACGCCAUAGCAUUUUAUCUACCGACUAAAGAACGACUUCGCUUGCGGUUGAAAAAUGUCAGGCUGCAUUUGACUGCUCUUCUCUAAACUGUCAUCGUCAAAAAGUUCUAACCUUCCUCUUCAUUAUACAUAUACACGUCUUUGUCAUAAUAUCGUGGGCCAUUUAAUGUGUGCUUGUUGUUUGAAGGUGGAUGGAUAUAAUUAAAGAUGCAGCAGCCAAAGCCCCCGCUGAAGAUGACCGUAAGUAUUGUUAUAUAGUUGAACCAAUAAAAAUCGGCCAGACUUGUAGAAAACGUACUGCUUACGAGAGCAGCUAGAACCAUGACGAAGCGUCCUUCUCCUGGAGUUGUCAGUUAGCUAGGAAUGUUCUGUAUUAUGUUGUACGUUAUGUCUUUCAAAAGGCUCCGGUUGUUGAGGAAAUAGGACAACGCUGUCAGUAAGAUUUCAAGUUGCCGGGUAAAUAUCACAAGUAGGCGGGGAAUCAAACAGCUGGGGAUUUCUUUUGGUUCUAUUUUUCAAUGAAAGUAGCCGGAGGAAAUCCCCGACCCUGGCUCCUAAUGACAGCCCAGAAAUAGAACUUCUUUAAACAGUCCAGACUUCUUUGCGUCUUCUCUGCUUCGCUUUAUUCAAUUUGGGUCGGUUUUCUUCAUAUUGUAUGUUCGGGUAUUUAUCGUUGUUGCCGGAACAGUGAAGGUCAAACCAAACAAUCCAGAACUGAUUUUGUCUCUGCUCCUUUUUGCUUUCAACUUUUAACAAUUGGCGACAUAUUUGUACAACACAGCCCUGACUCUCAUUUCUCUUUCAGAACCAGCAGACGGCCUCAUAAGAACAGCAACGGAUGAACGACGAAAGUUCAUUGUCCGAAGGGCCAGUGUAUUAAUUGGUUAGUACAGUGUUGCAUUACUUUAUGCGUCUUGCGUUCUCCGUCUUUGUUUGAAGGAUGUAGCAACAAGUUGUUUUAUAAAGCACGUUUCCUGUCUUAACUGUUCAAGUAUAUUUUUUUAAUCGCUUUUGCAGAGCAAAUUCAAAACAAGGAGCUUGAAGACUUUGACAGAGGGAAAAACUUAAGUGAAAUGCAGGUAUGUGAAACGUAGUGGACGUUUGUCAUGAAUGCCACGCAAGCCCGUUCAGUCUUUCAGUCAAAGCACCGAUUUACAGUUACCCCUUACACUUGUGAGAAGCUGUGCAUUGAUUAUCAUAUUAGUUUGUCCUUUUCAUGUCAAAAGCCGAUUUUCUCUAAUUUUUGUUUUCGUUUUUGUUUUGAAGGAAUUGGUCUGUCAAAUAGAAACGCUGCAGGAUAGUAAGGUAUAACAAGACAGAGUGUUUCAUGAGUUGCUCAUUCCGUGUUGAUUUUCUUUGUUAUGUGACGAUUAUAUUUUCUCUUUUUCAGUCGAAAAUUGAUGCUGAAAAAAGUAAAGAGUUGGCAAGGGCUAAGUACGUUCAUAAGCCAAACUACAUUUUAUCAUAUAAACUUACUGUAAACCAUUUUGCCCCUUCAAACAUAAGUUACAGAAAGUUUAUAUCGCAUUACAAGUGCACAAGUUAUUAGUUUCAUCGUUUUAGGAAUCCCAUUUUUGUUUAGCCGCUCUAAUUAGCAAGGUUGAAAAAUGCUUAUGUGACAAUAUUGCGGAUCAAUUUGCUACACCAAAUGCUAAUGCAUAGAUUUUGAUUUUAAUGGUUAACGUAUCCCAGUUUAUCAAGUGCACCGCAAAACGUAUUGAGCAUUCUAUUGAAGUGAAUUCCCACGAACUCAUCUCCGUGAAUUUUGUACAGUAAUAGAAAUACAGAGACAUUCCUAGACAGCUACAAGUCGCCCUCUUAAACUGCCCUCAAUCCUCGAUCGAGAUUAGUCUUUAAAGCGAGCGCAGCGAGGUUACUGGGGUCCGAGCGAUGCAAGUGCCGGUGCGAGUGACAAAUUAUGCGACCAACCAGAAAAAAAUUAAAGGACUUUAAGAAGGUCUACGAUGACCUGGUCCAAGUGGAACCCAUUUUUUUAAGGUAACAUGCAGUUAGGUUCUUCCCAUUUUUUCUGUGAAAUGGAGGAUGUGUAUCUAAACACAAGGUUCCGUGGGUGUCCUUCUGAUACAGGUUUUACUUAAAUAACAGUGAUAGUGAUUGGGAAGCCUCGGACAAAUUCGUCUCUGAUCGCGGCGAACAAAAGGACCGCGUUUAAAUACAUUUUUAUCCCUGUGUUGAAGACAGGCAUGGGUGUGAACGCAAACAGAUAAAAACAAAGCUUGAGUGUAAUUGCAAAGGAAUAUUCUUCAACACCGACAAAUUCUUGAAAAUGACGCAGAGCUUUCGGAACCCAUCUGGAUCCCUUCAUCAUUGAAAGGUCUGUGUAACUUUGAAGAAUUUGUUGGUGGUAAGGAAUAUUUCGUUGCAAUAUAAUGUCCCAAAAGUUGAAUCUUCAUUCUUUAAUCGAGUAUUAUUGUCUUUUGUCCUCAGGGAGUCUCUUGUGACAGCUAUCCAGUCAUUCGAUGGUGCCUCAUUAGAAGAGCCCCAGAGUGAUACCCGAGGAAGCACCCCAUCGCUGGCCGUUACUGGACCAGGGUCAAAUGGUCCUAAGAGGGCGGAGACGUUCAGUGGGUUUGAUACCAAACUCAAGCCUGAUAACAUCAACCGAGCCAGUUCAAUGAGAGCUCCCGAGAGACCCGGUAUUGGGUUCCCGUCAAGGCAAGUUCCAGGUGCGAUCAGUCCCGUGGUAGGGAGCCCUAAAGUGAAACACAAGCGGCGAGCCAGUGGAGGAGUCCUGCCCUUCCUGACCAAGAGUAACAGCAAAGAAGACAAAGAGCAGGCUGGAACAAUAGGUAGGCUGUGCACAGGGAAACCCGUUAAGACCCACCUCGGGCCUGUAAACUGCAAAACAGUCGGUUUUUUCCUCAAAAUCAGUAAAGAAAUCGGGAAAGCGUGGCGUAAGAGUCGUACGCGCCCGAAGUGCGCGAGCCUCACACGCCCUACGGGCGUGUGAGGCGAGAGAAAAAAAACCGUAUUUUUAGCGUCUCUCCCCAGUCUCGAUCUCUGUUUUCAGCCUCGUUCCAGACCUUCUGUUUGACAGCUCGCGCGUACUUGAACACGCAAAAAUUCGGACUGUUUUGCAGUCUACGGGCCUUUGGCUUACCAAUGAAUCCAAAUUCAUAAGUAUUUCCUCCAUAUUGAUGUUACUGGAAGUCCAAGUAUAAUAUUUGCGAAUUAACUACACGUAAAAUAAUAUAGAGUUCUUUGGCAUUAAAAAAAGCUAUGUCAAAAGCUUGUUUUUUGCCGGUUUGAGAGGUGUGUUUUAAAAACAUGUACCAGUUUGUACAGUGUACACUUUAGUACACUUUCACAAUUCACGUGUCUUGGUGAAUUACUUGUCGUGUUUCAAAAAAUGUUGGUGUGAAAUAACACAGUUAACUGAUCCAUGAAAUGUUGAUUGAAUGUUUCUUACAGGUGACGGGGCUUCAGACUCGGCCUCAUCAUCACCCACUCAGACUCCUACUCCAUCACCAGGCCCUGGACAGGAGGUGAGUAGUCAUCUACAACAACUUUGCGCGUGCAUCACGCUUUCAUGUACUUUUCUUCACCGUCACUGCACCGCGAAUACGGCGUGGCAAAUGCCAUAUUUCACGUUUUAUAGAGGACGUAAACUAGCGACGACGAAUUUUUCUUUCUCUUUCUAAACUUGAGUGCGGUCCCCAAGAAAUAAACUCCAGGGAAAUUCAUCUACAUUUGACAUUUUUAGCGAAUUGGGAUAAACUCGAAAAAGUUUGAAAAAAGGUAAAUUCAUUUUAAAAGUGGCGUCUUCGCUGCCGUCGCCGUCGUCCAUACUAAAGCUCAAUAGGCUAUUUGAGAAAAAAGGUGAACGGUUUGUCUAUGGUGGAAAGUGCACUUAGCAUAUCCAGCUAGUUAUAUAGGUACUCCACUCAAUUAAUUAGAAACUAAUAAUCCAAAUAGAAAAUAAUAGGAUUAAACAACUGAACUAGCAGGAGGCAACUAGUUGGCUAUUUACAAUCGUGGCCGAGGUUUUGAAAUCAGAGCGACCGAGCGUGACUUGAACCUGGAACACGACAGUUUUUCUUGUAGUUUUGUCACGUUUUUGCAGGACUAAAUGUUGUCAGUUUCGACGCGUGCUAAGCACAACUUCAGGGUAAAUGCCCAUGAAUUGUAGGAAUCGGGAAGUCUAUGCUCUUUGCGUUGCUGAAAAAAAAAGCAUUGGUUAAUUCUAUGAACUUAAAAGAUCUUUUUAUGUAUUUUUCAACAGUCUGAAGGAGGUAAUGAAAGUGACAGGUAAGUCAUGGACAACAUUCUUUCUUUUUUUCCCUUCUAGUAAAAAAAUGGUAUUGUGUAGAGGUACGUCAUCAUAAAACCUGUCUUUGAAUUAUGGGUUCUUAAAAAAGCUAGACAUAGGCAUAAAGUAAGAGUUCUUCCUUGUGAACCUACUGCUUAUCUUAUUUAAAUCAGUUCUUUUCUUUUACUGGUCUUGCUAUUUCACUGGUAAUUUUUAAAAUCUCAGAUUUACUUAAAGCAGUUUUGUACAAAAUGUGGUGAAAAAAUAAAUCGAAACUUAAACUGUACUCGUUCAUAUGCCGUGUUUAAAAACAACAAUACUCCUGGGGGCGAACAAAACUCACCAACUCUUCAGACUCUCACGCGAUGAGGUCGCGCACCUUGAAACCCCGGGAAAUAUGUGCUAGUCGCGUCAAAAACUAAAAAGUAAUUGUUUUAUUUUUGAGUCAAGGCUCUCGAAGAAAAAAAGCUCACUGUUUCCCUCCAGGUCCAAAUAGCUACGGCGAUUUCCACUACGGCGCUCGUGGAUGUGGAGUCUGAAGCGAGUACGUCAUCGUCGCCCGCCAAAUUUCACCCUUAAGCAAACAGUGACUACUGGGUUUCUCGCUCAUUUGCUUUCGCUGUUAGUAAAACGCUGGGAAGACGUAAUUACUGGAAAACCAGAAGAGUCAAAUACAAAACAAUCUAUGAUUAAAACCAGUGACUGUAAAAAAUUGGAGAAAAGUCGAAUUUUAUUCUCGCGUAGCAGCGACUACGCCGUAAGACAGGUCUUCACGUUCUAGGGUUUAGCGCAACGUUUGCGCUACGGCGGAAGUUCAUUUCCAAGCAUGCGCACUUCGUCAUUUUUGUUUUCUUUUUAUACUUCCGGUCGCCGUAGUAGAGGUCGCCGUAACGAUUUGCUUUGAAUCCUUAUUAUUCUAGACUGCGAGCAGUUUCUCUUUUUCUUCAGAUUUAGUGAGAGAAGUACACGCGCGCGGGAGCGGCGAAGCCGCGAGACACGCGUCUCGCGCCAUCAGUCACGCGCCUGGCCAUUUGCGUGUCUCGCGUUUUGCUCGACGGAUUACAGAAAAAAAGAGAGACUGCUCGUAGUCUACCAUUAUUCCAACACUAGGCUCUAUGUUUAUCCCCUAGUGCAAUCAAGAGUGCUCGUUUUAGACCAGUGAGAGAUCGAGGAGACAUGUCACCUCCAGCAGUGACUAAUGUCGAAGCACCUUGCAGCAGAGUAAAGCCGACUCCUAAGGAGGGCCUGUCGCAUAUUACCUCACCACGCACCCAACGCCAGACUCGCGAACUUCUUAAGAGCGAGGGAGAUAAAGACCGAGAUCAAAAGUCACCAAGCACUGCACCAGAAGUUAUUUAUUUUUGA